AUGUACAAUGGGCCUCCAAUAUUAGCCUCAGGUGGUGGUGCGGAGGUUCUACCAGCUGGUCUUCUUGGCAGCCCAGGUUCGUUUGCUUCAUCCUGGUUUGCAAACAAUGGCUUUGCGCCUUUUCAUUCUUCUCAGUCGAGACAUCAAGCGAGCGUGGAGGCAGCAUCUGGUGCUAGCAAUGCGCAAUCGAGCAAUUGCUAUGAUGCCUAUUCGAACGUACCUCAUUCUAUACAGUAUCCCCAGGUCGACUAUUCUCACCCACCCCCAUCUCCUCCAAUACAAGCCAUCUCGAAUCCCUCCUUCACAGCCGCAGAUAUCCUCAAACUCAAUACUGCAACUGUAUUAUCUACACCAUCCCCCAUAGGCCUUCCUGUUUACUCCUCUUCUGGUUUCGACCUUCUCUCCCUCCUUUCUCGCGUAGUCACCCGUCCCCACCCAGUCAUCGUCCUCGGCCCCGUCGAUAGUUCUUGCUCCUUUACUGUCGUCGAUGUUCGUCGCCAUGACUGUCCCAUCAUCUACGCCUCCCCCAGCUUCUAUCGCCUGACAGGCUACGCUGAACAUGAGGUUCUCGGUCGCAAUUGUCGCUUCUUGCAGUCUCCCGAUGGAAACGUACAAAAGGGUGAGGAGCGUCGCUUUGUCCGACCAGAUGCUGUAGCGCAUUUGAAAAAAUCUCUCUCCGCGGACAAGGAGUGCCAAACCCGUAUCACCAACUACCGCAAGGGCGGACAGGCCUUCAUCAAUCUCGUCACCGUGAUCCCCCUCAGGGGCGGCAUAUCAAACCGUCCAGAAGAAGCGGACAAGGUUGUCUAUCACGUUGGCUUCCAGGUCGAUCUCACAGAACAACCCAAUGCGAUUUUGCAGAAACUGCGCGAUGGGAGUUACAUAGUCAAUUACACCGUGGGCGCAGGCGCACCGGUGCCAUCCUCGCUCGGGCCCCCGUCGAGGGGUCGACUUAUAUUGCCGUCCAACAGCGUGCUAAGCAAAGACUUGCGUAGUCUGAUCACAGACGCAAAAUUCACCUCUUCAGUCCCCCUCUCCACGAGCGUCAAUAUCCCUCCAUCUUCAUCCACUCCUGACAAGCCUGACACUCAUGACGGCAACCAGCUCCUGCAUAUGCUCCUUCUCGAAAAAUCCCCUGACUUUAUCAUCGUUCUCAGCCUCAAAGGCGCCUUUCUCUACGUCGCCCCGAGCGUGCGCCUCGUCCUGGGAUACGAACCCGAGGAACUCGUCGGAAAGAGUAUAUCUGACUACUGCCACCCUGCAGACCUCGUCCCACUCAUGCGCGAGCUCAAAGAGUCCUCUAUCACGCCCAACACUCCAUCAACUGAAUCCACCUCCCCCAUACCAUCUAGCUCACCAAAUCCAGCUAACCAACCCAAAACAGUCGACCUCCUCUUCCGCGCCCGUGCCAAAUCCUCUGAAUACACUUGGAUUGAAUGCCGGGGUCGCCUCCACGUUGAACCUGGCAAAGGUCGCAAAGCCAUCAUCCUCUCCGGCCGUAGCAAAUGGAUGCCCUCGCUCAGCUGGCGCUCGAUCGCCCAUGCUGGCGGGCUUGGCAAACAGGAGGUAUGGGGCAUGGUGAGCGCAAACGGGACUGUACUUGUCACCAGCGCCAGUGUGCGCGAUAUGCUUGGAUGGAGUGUUGGUGAGGUUAUCGGCAUGUCUUUGGGUGCGAUGGUCAUUGGUGGGGAUCGAGGCCAUGUGGAGGCGGCGAUUCAGCGCGCCAAUGGAGAUGAGGCGCAGGUACGUGGAUAUGCGGAGGGCGAGUCGUCUGCAAUGGUAUGCACGAUGCUGCGUAAAGAUCGUACCACAAUGCACGUGCGGCUCGUAAUCUACCGUCCACCCUCCCCAACCCUGAGCUCGACGCCCUCCCAAACACCCUCCACAUCGCUCGCUCAACCGCUCGUCAUACAAAUCACGAUGCUCAGCAACUCGAGUAGCUCCGAUACGCUGAUUCACGCCGAGGCUAAUGAUGUAUUUGAUGAGCUAGAUACCACGCGGGGGAGUAGUUGGCAGUAUGAGCUGCAGCAGUUGCGAUUUGCGAAUCAGAGGUUGUGUGAGGAAGUUGAUGCGUUGGAG